AUGGCCCACACACUCAGUUUCGCCAUCCUGCUGGCUGCAAUUUCCAUGGGACUGGCCUUGAGCACAACAACUACAGCAAGCACAAGGCAACCGGUGUCCACUACCACUGAAAGGUCCUUGGAAAAGGACGCGGCCAUGGAGUCCUUGGAGCGCCGUGACAAACGCCAACUGACUGCCAAUGGCGGACAGAGCAGCCUGGCUGGUUCCACGGGCAACUAUCCCGUGUUCUUCGAUGGCCUCAACGUGAAUCCCCCGCUGCAGCAACUGCCCCCCCUGCAGCAACUGCCCCCCCUGCAGCAACUGCCGCCCCUGCAGCCGAUCACCGUGGUGACGCCAGUGGCCUCCAACUCGAAUGCCCAGAGCCAGCAGCCGCAGUCCGGCUGGCUGCCCCAAUUUGGCCAGAACCUGCCGCUCAUUGGCACCUGGGUCGGUGGGCUGCCCAACUUGAUCAACGGCCUGGGACUGGGUUCGCUGAACGGCGGCUUCGGCACUCUGGGCGGCCUGAAUCUGGGCAACCUGGGACUGGGUGCAGUGGCGCCGGUGGCCUCGUUGCCUGGCCAACUGGUGGGCUCGUCGCCCAAUCCGCAGACCUCCUGUCCGCUCACCCAGAAGCUCAACUGCCGCUGCGAGCCGCUCAUCCAGCUGCCGGGUCUGAAGCCCGGCUCCAAUCCGCUGAGGACGCAGCUGGUGCAGAUCCAGCGGCAGAAUGUGCGCAAGAACGACGACGGCUCGCAGGAGAUGCGCGUGAUCCUCAGCAGUGGCCAAGUGAUCUACCAGCGGACGAGCAGGGAUGGCUUCCAGAAUGGCUACCUGACCAUGAGGAUCCAGUCGGGCAGGUACUUCACCAUCUACUACACGGUCAACGAGAAGGAGUACACGGUGCGCGCGGAUGUCAAGGACACGCCGCCCAGCUCCGAUUUCGAUGACGAGCUGAAUGGGCAGCUCUAG